AUGAUCGCCAGCCUGGUUAUCAGCCUAAGGAAAGCCGUCGCACAACAAACCAACAUAAUUGAGGCAGCCCGGGCAGAGAUCCGGGAGAUCAAAACAGAACAAAAGGCCCUGAAAGGACAGAAUACAGAGCUCCAAGAGGAGAUCCAGACACUGCGCGCCCAGAUUGAGACCCAGGCAACCGCAAACCCACCUCCUAAAUCAUGGGCAGAAGUGGCAGCCAGCAACAGUCCCUACAACACUAAUACCAUAAUCUGCCAACCCCAGAGAGAGCUAAACUGUAUCCAAAUCAGCACAGCUCGGCGUACAGAGGACCACAAUGACAAGGCCAAUAACAAUACUUUCACGAGAUUCUUACCUACAGAUACCGCGAACAACUAUAUUAGAACUGCCCUAGCUAACACAGGACCUACAAAAGAUGUUCAAGUGGCAGGAGUUGGCACUACAAAAACAGGCUAUAUAAUCAGAUUCAGAGAUACUCAGUCAGCUGAAACAGCCCAGAACAACACAGCAUGGCUAGAGGAACUAGGGAAUAAGUCUAAGCUAGUAAAACCCCAGUUCAGUAUUGUGGUCUACUGA